AGUGGUGCGACUAGCGAAUGGUAAGUCGACAACGCAUUUGACGAAACAUAUAGUAAUAAAAGAAAAGAAGGAGGAGUUGUGGUUGAGGUGUUGAGGAUUAAGGAAGAUCCGAAGAUGGGGAGGGGAAGGGUGGAAUUGAAGAGAAUCGAGAACAAGAUCAAUAGGCAAGUAACGUUCUCAAAGAGAAGGUCUGGUUUGUUCAAGAAAGCACGCGAGAUCUCUCUGCUUUGCGACGCUGAACUCGCUCUCAUUGUCUUCUCCACCAGACCCAAGCUUUUCGAGUACUCUACCCAACCUUCUACGGAAAGAAUUCUUGAACGGUAUGAGAGGUAUUCGUAUGCGGAGAGGCAGGUUGGUACAAAUGAUCAAGCACCAAAUGAAAACUGGGCUACAGAACACCAAAAGCUCAAGGCUAGGAUGGAGGUACUACAGCGAAAUCAAAGGAAUUGUAUGGGAGAAGAGCUGGAAAGCUUAAAUCUCAGAGGACUUCAGAGUUUGGAACAACAACUUGAUUCCGCUCUCAAACAUAUUAGAUCAAGAAAGAACCAAGCCAUGAAUGAAUCUAUUUCAGAGCUUCAGAAAAAGGAUAAGGCACUCCGAGAACGUAACAACUUGCUCGCCAAGGAGAAGAAGGAAAGAGAGAAAAGGCUGUCCCAAAAAGAGGAAGGGGUGCUGCAAAAUAACGUGGAUGUGACCUCUGUCUCUGUCCUAGUAACUCCACCACCGGAGUCCCUCAAUAUUGGAGGCUGCUCCCCAGAAGCCAAAGGUAGUGAAGGAAGAUCAACAUCAACUCGACCUAACACCAUUCUUCCCCCUUGGAUGCUUCGUCCAACAAAAGAGUAGAACUCUGUUUUUACAUGGUAUAUGUUUGGAUAAACUUUAUAAGUAUUUUUAGUAAAAAAAAAUAAAAAUAAAAAAGUUAAAAUAUUUUUUUAUAAGUUAAAAUUAGUUUAUGUAUAAAUUAAAAAUAACAGAAGAAAAUUUUAUACACAAAUUAAUUUUAAUUUAUAAAAAAAUAUUUUAUUUUUCUUUCUUAAAAUUACCUCAAGUUUAUUCAAAUAUGUACCAUGUCUAAAUAGGAUCUGUACAAAGAUUAUACGCAAUCAAAAGGUAGUUGUUGGUGACUAUCAGCAUGUUUCAAAUCCAUUUUGAAUAUAACAUGACAUGAAUUCUUAGAAACAAUUAUGUUUAGCUCCUGCAUUGAUUUUAGAAAUUUAUGUGAAAAAUUAAGAAAUGCUGUGUCUAAGACUUGUUUCCAAACGCACAAUAACAUCUGGAAUGUAGUCUGCAUGUGCGUCUCUGACUGCAUUUCAAUGCUAUGCUAAGCAUAUUAAAGGUAUUACAUAUAAAUGAUACCAAUCUAUUCUUCCAUUUC